AUGUUUUUCAGUGGUUUGGAAAAAAAAUUACAUCUUCAAAGACGACUUUAUCCACCAACAUAUAUAAUUCUUAAUGAAUGGAGUGGUUUUUUAAUUUCUAAAGUAAUUUAUGAACUUACAAAGCUUGAAGUUGCUGACAUAAUUAAAGCUCAAGGUGGAAAAAUGAAUGUAUGUGAUAUUGCAAAAGUGACCGGAACUAAUGAGGAUAAAUUAAAUCGUCUCCUCCGUGUUGCAGUAUCUAAAGGCAUCUUUCAUUCCCUUGGUAAUGGAGUAUACGCUAAUACUCGCAUAUCAUUAGUGCUAUGUAAAGACCAUCCAAACACAUUUCGCAAUAUUAUUUUGUUGUACAAAGAAUAUUCUUCAGCAACUCAAUAUUUAGCUUAUGAUUUGAAAUUACAAACUGAUAAUAAAGAAGAACAAAUGACAUCAUUUGCAAAAGCUCAUGAUGGCGUAGGGGCAUUUGAAUGGUGGUCAUUGCCCGAGAAUAAAGAAAGACAGGAGAUUUUUAAUAAAGGGAUGAUUGAACAGGAUGGCAUAUACGGUAGAGGUCUUUUUCAAGAUUAUGACUGGUCGCAGCAUUGUAAUGCAAAAUUUGUAGAUGUUGCCGGGGGAAGCGGAGGUUUUUUGUCCCAAUUGUUAACGCGCUAUCCAACAAUGAAAGGUAUCCUUUAUGACUAUCCUAGCGUUAUUGAAAUGUCUGAGCAGGUAUGGUUGACAAAUCAUGAAGAAUUGUUAGAUAGAGUUCAAUUCUUUCGAGCCAUCAAAAUUCUUAAAACAGUCCACUCUGCCAUUCCUUCAAAUAAUGCUAGCUUGUCGUGCCAUGAAACGCCUUUAUACUCCAAGUCAAAGCCAAAGCUUCUCAUAGCUGAAAUAUUGAUUGAUGAUCGAACUCAGUUUCCUCUUAUAUAUCAAUUAGACAUCCUGAUGAUGUGCAUGUAUAAUGGUAAAGAAAGAACAAAAUCAGAAAUUAACGAGUUAUUAAACAAAUCUGGAUGGAAGUUGACGGAAAUUACUUAUUGCAGAGGUGGAUUUAGUGUCAUUGAAGCAGUUCCGCUAUAA